AAGAUACCAAUCCAAUAGGACACUUCUUCUUAUCAAUUACUACAUAGGUAGCAAGUUUGACACUCGAUAGAAAAUCCGUCAAAAAAAUAAAAAUUAGAGGCACAUGGAGAUUAGAUUUGAUUAGAGAUGGGCAAAAAAGGAAAGAAAGUAAAAAUCAGUUGGGAGGCUGCUUAUGCUUAUAAAUACAAGGGGAGGCCGUUACAGUAUUGUUACCCACAUCGAUCAUCUGCAAAGUUUCACGUGCUUUUCCAAAUUCAUUAUUUUCUCUCGUUCUUCCCCCUGUUUCCUCUGCUUACACCUCUAUUCUUGUCGGUCCUAAGUAGUUUUUAUAGUUGAGAUUUCUUCAUUCCUUUCAUAAAUACAUCCUUACUCUGUUAUAUAUAAAUAUAGUUAUAUCAGACUAUCAUCAAUAUUAUUAAUUUUCACUAAAAAAAAAAAAGCAAUGGCAAAGAAUUCAUCAUCCAAAUCAAAAUCAAAAUCAAAAUCCAAGCAAGUCGGCGGUUCGUCGUCUUCUUCCUCUGCUUCAUCCUCCAUUGCUGACCUUUUUGGCCCUAAUCCUUCUUCUGCUACUUCUUCUUCUGCCAGCUUGUUUAACUCUGUUUUUGGACCUCCUUCUAUGGGAGGAGGAAGAGACUCUACACACCAUGUUGGGAAUGCCAAGCAUGGUUUUCCUGAUAAUAAUGGAGCACCAGUAAGCAAAGCAGAGAGUAGCAAGUACUCUUAUUAUCAGCAAAAGAAAGUUGAUCAGCCUUGCUACUAUACGUCUUCAAUCUACUAUGGUGGCCAAGAUGAAGUUUAUUCUCCAACUACGCGCCCUGGUGAAUCUCUUACAAAUGAUCCCGGAGUAGAGGAAGAUCCUAAAAGUGCUUUAAGAGGAAAUUGGUGGCAAGGAUCGGCCUAUUAUUAGCCGCCCCUUCAACAAGAGUUAGCUGCCCCUCUUGGAAUCUAAGGGAUAUGGGGGGGACUGGCUCUUGAUAGCUAUCUUCACAAGUUAUGACUUCUAGUAGAAGAGAAUAUACCAUAUAAGUUGAGAAAAACAGCUUUUAAUUUUACUAGUCUUAGAUCAGCUAAGGCCUGAAUCAAGUUGCUGGGGUUUGUUUUUGCUCCCGGCUUCUUUGGAGGGAGGGCUUAGCUUAGCUUAUUAGCUUUUUAAUUUCCUAGGAUCAGCUUUGUCUGACGACGUAUAGUAUAGUUCAGUUUUAAUGCUUAUAGUAUAUGACUAUGAACUCCUCCUCUGUACACAGAUCGAGUUGUUAACUGCCUCAAUAUACCCUAAUGUCAAUUUCGCUUGGUAAAGGUUUUUGCUUUAA